AUGCUGUUUGCAAUGGCACUUUCAUUUACAGCAAAAGCAGAUGAAACCUGUAUGUCGCCGUACAUUGCGAAGAUUCUGGGUCAGGAAGAUUAUGUUUAUGUGUGGACACUCGGAGUUGAUGGCAUAGGCGACGAGCAGGACAAACUUGUUACCAUUGACACCAACCCGUCAUCCGAAUCUUACGGCAAAGUCGUCAAUUCGUUGUCCGUAGGUGGGCGUAAUGAAGCGCAUCAUUCUGGACUUUCAGACGACCGCAGGUAUCUGUGGGCAGGUGGACUGGAUACCAACAAGAUAUUUGUAUUCGACAUUCACAGUGAUCCACGCGAACCCAGAAUGCACAAGAUUAUUACCGAUUUUACAGAAGCCAGCGGCGGAUUGGUGGGGCCGCACACAUUUUACGCGUUUCCGGGGCGAAUGAUGAUUACGGCGCUUUCAAAUAACGCGGACGGUGGUGGUCGAACCGGAAUGGCCGAAUACAACAACGAAGGCGAAUACAUCACUACCCACUGGAUUCCGACGGAUUCCGAUUUACGCGGGGCGACCAAGACCGGCAACCUUGCGGACGGGUAUGGUUAUGAUGUCCGAGUGAAAGCAGACCAGAACAUCAUGCUCACCUCGUCGUUCACCGGCUGGUCCAAUUACAUGAUGGAUUUCGGGCAGAUGGUAGGUUCCCCCGACGCCAUGCAACGUUUCGGAAACACCAUGGUCGUCUGGGACAUGCAUGCACGCAAGCCUUUGAAAGUGCUUGACGUACCUGGAGCGCCUCUGGAAAUCCGUUGCGCCUGGGGAGAAGGGAAUAAUUAUUGCUUUACCAGUACUGCGCUGACUUCUCAGAUUUGGCUGAUUUAUCCCGACGACAACGGUGAGUGGCAAGCCAAGGCCGUGUCGGAUAUCGGCGUCCCUGCAGAUAUACCGCUACCGGUUGACAUAUCGAUUACAGCAGAUAACCAGGGACUCUGGGUUGACACUUUCCUGGAGGGGAAAACACGUUACUUUGAUAUUUCCGAUCCCCACGCACCCAAGCAGGUGUACGAGAAGGUAAUCGGCAGUCAGAUAAACAUGGUCUCUCAAAGCUGGGACGGCAAGCGUGUUUAUUUCUCCAGCUCGCUUCUCGGAAACUGGGACAAGACAGGAGAUGCCGACGAACAGUACGUAAAACUCUAUCACUGGAACGGUGAAUCUCUGGAACAUAAAUGGACGGUUGAUUUCUAUGAGCAGGGGCUUGGUCGAGCGCAUCAGAUGCGCUUCGGUUCCUAUGCCAUGUACGGCAAGCAGCGCCCCUCGGACGCCAACCUCCUGGCAUCUGCUUCUCACACCGUCAACUAG